AUGCAGUUCUUCACCCUCUUCGCUGCCGCCGCGGCCGUGGUCUCCGCCGCCCCCGCCGCCCCCGAGGCCCGUCAAAUCAACAACAACGUCGUCUACCCCGCCGCGACCUACCGCCGGUGGAUCCAGACGGGCGACAUGGUCCUGGACCCGCAGGACCAGCUGCUCAUCGUCAAGAACGGCAACGCGGCGGACGAGACGUCCACCCUCGUCACGUUUGACUUCGACGCCAGCACCGCCGGCAAGACGUGCGAGCUCCGCUUCGAGCUCUGGGACCGCGACGUGUCCACGGGCACGCGCACGCUCGACGGGAUUGCCCAGCUGACCGCCGCCGCCGUCAAGAGCCGGGACCACCACGUCGGCCGCAUCGUCGCGCCCAAGCCUGGGAACGCGACGUGGGUGCAGGCCUACGAUGGCUGGCCGUCCAUCCCGUGCCCGGCUGGGCAGCUCAUCGCCGUGGAGUAUGUCGGUGUUGGUGAUAAUGUCGAGGUUCGCUGGGAUAUUGGCUUCUACGAAGCGGAGAGCUUCAUAGAGGCCGGCUCGCUGCUACAGGAAGGCCACGAAGCCCUCCCUCGUCUUCGUCCCCGGCGCCUGGCACGCCCCGGCACCUGGGACGGCGUCGCCAACCCACUCCGUGACCGGGGCUACACAUGCCUCUCCGUCACCCUCCCAUCCACGCUCGGCGACCCCUCGACGACAUUCUCCGAAGACCUCGCAGCCACCCGGGACAUCGUCACCGCCGAGAUGCGCCGAGGCCAAAACGUCGUCAUCGUCGCACACUCGUACGGCGGAUCCGUCGCCGCCAGCGCCAUCAAGGGCCUUUCGCGCAGGAGAUCAUCGGUUGCAUCGACGGGAGGAGCCGCCGCCGCCACCGCAGCCGCAACCGCAAGCGACGACGAACGCGACCGCGACCGCUCCGAGGAAGGCCACGUCGUCGGACUCGCCCUCGUCGCAUCAUGGCUCGCCGCAACGGGCACGAGCUUCCUCGACGCGCUAGCGCAGGACGCGACCCCGGUCAUACGAACAGACAACGAGGGCGGCUUCGCGAGCCGCAUGUGGGCGUCGGACCUGCAGCGGCAGUCCCUCCGCGCGCUUCGCGAGGGCGGCGAGAGCGCGUACGCCGGCUGGGCCGACGUGCCGAGCUGGUUUCUCGUCACGACUGAGGACCACGCGCACCCCGUCGAGGGCCAGCGGACCCUGAUUCAAUCGGCGAGGGACGCGGGCGGCGAUAUUACCGUGCGCGAGGUGCGUAGUAGUCAUUCGCCCAUGAUUAGCAAGCCGGCGGAUGUGGUGAGCUUCUUGCUCGAGGCGGUCGGGGCUUUUGCCGGUCCGGCGAGUACUAGUAGUUAG